AUGGAGACGAAGAAAGACGAAGGCACUCCUUUGAGAGGCAUAUUAUGUCUUAAAAUCAGGCAAGACAUGAAGAGAAUCGAGGAAACAGAGGACUGCUUCAUCCUCGAUUUCAAUCCCUCUGAUUCCUUCGACAUUAAAAGACUCUCCUUUUCCGGCGACGACUGUGAGGAAGGAGAUAAAGAUGUAGCCAUCAUCCACGAGACAGGCCAGGUUGCUUGUAGAGACUACCCACAUCCAAGACAUCUUUGCUUGAAUUUUCCCUUUGGAUCAACUCCAAAUGCAUCACAUUGUGAUCUGUGUUACUGUUAUGUCUGCGAUAAGCCUGCUCCUUGUGAAGAUUGGAUAUUUUCGCCUGCGCAUUGUAAUGCUAAGGACUCUGAUUUUUGGAAGUCGAUGAAGCCGUGA